UGAAUAUUCCAACGAAAAUACGCACGCACAGCAGAUCGUGCGAUUAGACGUAAAAACCGAUCAGAAGGGAGGCGUAGUCGACGUGUGGGUGGAUUAAUGUUGAAACGGACGGCGAUGACCGUUUUGGGUGGUUGACGUGCCACAGUACGUACGACAGUGCACAAGAUCAUAAGCUGCCAGUUUCGAGUGUUUUUAUCGAUUGUGAUUUGGCACCUGAUUGGUGCACGAUAGCAAGGAUAAAAAAGGAACGGUGGAGGGACAAAUGCCAUACAUUUUAGUACGCGGUAACCUUGCAGCUUAUGGUCAAAGACACCCUUGGCGCGUACUCGUUUCGGGGCUGAAACCUGCCGACAUUGAACAGUUGAACAGGUUCGCGAGCGGCGGCUACUGCGACGACUGUACCAUUGUUUAUAUGCAGCAUCCCUGCGUGAUACUCAGCGCGUUGGAAGUGUUGGGUUACAAGGUGGUCGCGUCCUCCUCGACCAGCGUCAAGCAGGACUACAACGAGUACAUGUGGACUAUGAGAAAGGACUUCUCCGAGCCCGAGCCCACUUUAACCGUUCACUCGCCACUCGACUCCAGUCCAUUGUCUCCGGAAGGUGCGGAAGUUUAA